AUUCAUUCGCCUGCGGCCGAGGUGAGCCGCUGGUCGGUCCUUUGGUCAGUUGGUUCGCUCGUUCCCGCGCGCGCUGCCUCCUCCUCCCCCAACGCUGUCUCCGCCGCCCUACUGUGCCCGGGGCCCGGGUGCCGGUCGGGCGGGAGCGUGAGCAGCAAGCAAGCAUGUCGCUUGAUAUCCUCUAUGGCAAGUUCCUCUUCUCGUCCUGCGCCGCGGCGAAGCCCCCGUGCAAGAAACUGAUCACGUCUCUUGCUGCCGGUGCUUCGCCAUCGACGCCGUCAAGGCCAAGGUCGCCGAAUUCCAAAUCUCUCCGACCACGGCGCGUGCGGACCGUGCUGUCGAGUCCCACCAAGCAGGCCUCCCCGCCUGCGGUCCGGAGCACCAGCGGCGCCGUGAAGAGGCGAGGGCGGAGGAGCAAAGCCGAGGGAGAGCAAGGCGUAGGAGGAGGAGGAGGAGAAAGAGGGGGCGAGUGCGUGCCGUCGACGGAGGAGGCGUCUAUCUGCGUGGGAACGCUGUACCAAAAUGGGGACCCGCUGGGGCGGAACGAGCUCGGCCGGUGCGUGGUGGAGUGGCUCCGGCAGGGCAUGCGAUCCAUGGCGUCCAAGCUCGCCGCAGCCGAGCUGGAGGGCGACCUCGCCGCCGCCGCAUUGGCUCUGGAGUGGGGGUCGGCGGAAGGCAGGCUUGGGUUCGUGAUCCAGGCGCAGCCUUACCUCUCGGCCAUCCCCAUGCCCCAGGGUCUCGAGGCGCUCUGCCUCAAGGCCUGCACGCACUACCCCACCCUGUUCGACCAUUUCCAGCGGGAGCUCCGUGAUGUUCUGCUGAGUUACCAGAACCAGGGGCUCAUCUCCGACUGGAGAGACACGCAGUCAUGCAGGAUUUUGAAAGAAAUGGCCAAUUCUUCGCAGCAUCGGCCUGCUGUCCGGAGCACGUCUCCACGGCCUAAGGCCGUGCACAGCAGCAUUGGUAUAAGCCUUAAAAAGGUGAGGCUGAUGCAGGCCAGAAUUGAAGAAUUUGUUAGGCAUAUGUCAGAUCUUCUUCGGAUUGAGCGAGAUGUGGAGCUGGAGUUUACACAGGAGGAGCUGAAUGCAACUCCCAUGCUAGAUGAUGAUUCCGAGCCACCCAAGCCAGUCGAGUACCUGGUGAGCCAUGGACAAGCUCAGCAGGAGCAGUGCGACACCAUUUGCAACUUGAAUGUGAUCAGCAGUUCCACUGGGUUGGGAGGCCUGCAUUUGGUCCUGUUCAGAGUUGAAGGUGGGCAUAAGCUGCCUCCAACUACAUUGUCUCCUGGAGACAUGGUUUGUGUGAGAACAUGUAAUAGCCGUGGUGAGGGUGCCACUUCUUGCAAGCAAGGCUUUGUUUAUAAUUUUGGGGAGGAUGGUUGUAGCAUAACCGUAGCUCUUGAAUCACGACACGGUGACGCCACCUUCUCUAGGCUAUUUGGAAAAAGUGUGCGAAUUGACCGGAUUCAGGGAUUGGCUGAUGCCCUUACAUAUGAGCGUAACCUUGAAGCACUAUUGCUUCUCCAAAGGAACGGUCUACAGGAAGAUAAUGUUUCCAUUGGCGUGGUGGCAACACUGUUUGGGGACAGUAAAGAUGUGGUGAAGAUGGCAAAGAAUAACCUGACUGACUGGGAUGAAUCAGGUGGACCUGAUCUGAGUCUAUCAGAGAGGUAUGCAUAUGAUGCCUCCCAGUUAAGGGCUCUCAAAUUAGGCUUGAACAAAAAGAGGCCUGUUCUAAUAAUCCAAGGGCCUCCCGGCACUGGAAAGACAGUCCUGCUCACUGAGCUCAUUGUGCGUGCUGUCAAGCAGGGUGAGCGUGUACUUGUGACUGCUCCAAGCAAUGCGGCAGUCGAUAACAUGGUUGAAAGUUUGUCAAGUACUGGAUUGAACAUUGUACGAGUUGGAAACCCUGUUCGACUAUCACCCUCUGUUGCUUCGAAAUCCUUGGGAGAGAUUGUGAAUAGCAGACUUCGACAAUUCAGGAAGGAGCUUGAGAGAAAGAGAACAGACUUAAGGAAGGACCUGAGGCAGUGCAUAGAAGAUGAUUCUUUAGCUGCCGGCAUUCGCCAACUGCUGAAGCAACUAGGAAGGGAUCUGGAAAACAAAGAAAAGGAAACAAUCAGAGAAGUGCUAUCUGGUGCACAGAUUGUGCUAUCAACUAACACAGGGGCAGCUGAUCCACUCAUCAGGAGAACUGGGAGCUUUGACUUAGUAAUUAUUGAUGAAGCAGGGCAAGCGAUUGAACCAGCCUGCUGGAUACCUAUAUUGCAGGGAAAACGCUGUAUUCUUGCUGGUGAUCACUGCCAACUUGCACCCGUUAUAUUGUCGAGGAAGGCCUUGGAUGGUGGCCUUGGUAAAUCUUUGUUGGAAACAGCUUCAUCAUUGCAUGAUGGAUUACUGACAACAAGACUGACAGUACAGUACAGAAUGCAUGAUUCAAUAGCGAUGUGGGCAUCUAGGGAGAUGUAUCAUGGGUUGCUCGAAUCCUCUCGUUCCGUUGCUUCACAUCUUCUUGCUGACUCCCCGGUUGUCAAGGCAACUUGGAUAACACGGUGUCCACUUCUCUUACUUGACACCCGGAUGCCAUAUGGAGCCCUAAACAUCGGUUGCAAGGAGCACUUAGAUCCUGCUGGCACAGGCUCAUUUUAUAAUGAAGGAGAAGCAGAUAUAGUCACACAACAAGUUCUUAAUCUUGUACAUUGUGGAGUGUCUCCAACUGCAAUUGCUGUUCAAUCACCCUACAUUGCUCAAGUGCAAUUGUUAAGAGAGAAGCUAGAACAAUAUCCAGAGCUUUCUGCUGUUGAGGUUUCAACCAUAGACAGCUUUCAGGGGAGGGAGGCAGAUGCAGUGAUCAUUUCAAUGGUUCGCUCGAAUCCACUGGGAGCCGUAGGGUUUCUGGGCGACAGCAGGCGCAUCAAUGUGGCUAUUACAAGGGCACGCAAGCACAUCACUGUGGUUUGUGAUACCUCCACUAUUUGUCACAGCACCUUCCUGGCCAGGCUCCUUCGCCAUAUCAGGCGGUAUGGGCAAGUAAAACAUGUUGCUCCUGGCACCUUGGAUGGGGUGUCUGGCAUCGGCUUCAGUCAACCUACUCUCCCCUCUAUCGGUUGACACUCAGGGAAAAUUACAAGCACUCUGUCUGAGCAUGUACAUAUGCAAACAGCUGAAGGCUUUGUACAUACACAAGGCAUUGGAAGCUGAGAAAUCAUAGGGCCAGCCUGUUCCAGUUAUAUCCAUGAAGAGGAUGCAAACAGUGAUUCAUGGAUAGACAGCAAAGAGCGUCACAAGGUGAUGAUGCAUGGCCAAUCUGUUGUUGAAAGUUAACUGGGGUGAGUCAGUCUUCCAUUUUAAUUUUUCAACUGAUGAACAGAAGGAUGAGUAUUCAGGAAGAGGAAAGCCUCAAAUCUCCUGAGUAUCAAUCACUAAUCUCUUGCUUUUGCCUGACACGAUGCUCCUAUUCCUGUAAAUAUAUUACCGUCAACAAGGAUACUGGUUACCCGGUACAGAUUACAGACAUGUGUAGCACAUUGACAGUUGGCAAUUGAGUUCCAGGCUUUUCCUUUGUGCUUUCCAUUAUGAAGUUCCGUCCUUGGAGCAGCAUGUCACGCUGUCGACAUUUGCAAGGUAUCUCUGAACUGCCCAUCUUCCAACUCCCGUGUUUUCCCUGUCAUGGCUAGUUGAAUUUUGGGCUGCUGCUCUGCAUCA